AUGUCUGUGAUACUUGCUUCUGCAGGGUAUGACCAUACAAUUCGAUUUUGGGAGGCAUUGACGGGCGUUUGCUCACGAACUAUACAACAUGCGGAUUCACAAGUAAAUAGGUUGGAGAUAACGACGGAUAAGAAAUAUUUAGCAGCAGCUGGUCACCUGCAUGUGAGGCUUUACGAUAUUAGGACUACGAAUCCUAAUCCCGUCAUUUCAUUCGAGGGUCAUCGAGGUAACGUAACGUCGAUAACUUUCCAGCAAGAUAAUAAAUGGAUGGUUUCAUCAAGUGAAGACGGUACUAUUAAAGUAUGGGACGUUCGUUCUCCCUCGGUGCAACGUAAUUACAAGCAUAAUGCACCAGUUAAUGAGGUGGUUAUCCAUCCCAACCAAGGUGAGCUUAUUUCUUGCGACCAGGACGGAAACAUCAAAAUUUGGGAUCUAGGAGAGAAUCAGUGUACCCACCAACUAGCGUUAGAAGAUGAUACGCCACUGCAAUCGUUGUCAAUCGCUAGUGAUGGAUCUAUGCUGGUAGCGGGUAAUAAUAAAGGAAACUGUUACGUGUGGAAAAUGCCGAAUCAUACAGAUUCUGCAAGUUUAAAGCCUGUGACGAAGUUCAGGUCGCAUACCAAGUAUAUAACGAGGGUUUUAUUAUCGGCGGACGUAAAACACCUCGCCACUUGUUCGGCAGAUCACACAGCUAGGGUAUGGAAUAUUAGGGAUGACUUUCAGUUAGAAACUACGUUAGAUGCACACUCUCGAUGGGUUUGGGACUGUGCUUUUAGCGCAGACAGCGCCUACUUGGUCACAGCUUGCUCUGACCAUUACGUUAGGCUUUGGGAUCUUUCAACAAGGGAAAUCGUUAGACAAUACGGAGGUCAUCAUAAGGGUGCAGUUUGUGUGGCACUUAACGACGUGUAA